AUGAUCAAGCCUAUUGACAAGACAUCGAUACACAGAUUGUGCUCGGGACAAGUUGUCCUCACACUGGCAACUGCCGUCAAGGAACUUGUGGAGAACAGUCUGGAUGCCGGGGCCAAAAAUAUCUCCGUGAGAUGCACCAAGUCAGGCCUGGAGAAGAUCGAAGUCAGCGAUGAUGGCUGCGGAGUGGAGGAGAAUAAUUUUGAAGCUCUCACACUGAAGCACCACACAUCGAAGAUCAGCGACUUCAAGGACCUCGUGGACGUCGACACGUUUGGCUUUAGGGGGGAAGCCCUCAGCUCGCUGUGUGCCCUCAGCAAGCUGUCAAUCACAACUCGCCACGUCUCCAAAUGCAUAGGAACCAGGUUGUUAUUUAAUAACAACGGUGAUAUUGUAUCCAGGUCUCCAUGCGCUAGGCAGCCAGGAACUACAGUGUUGGUGGUGGACCUCUUCCACACACUGCCCGUUAGGAGGAAAGAACUGGAGAAGAACAUCAACAAGGAGUUCAGUAAGAUGUUGUCGUUCCUGUCUGGUUACUGCCUCAUACAGAAAGGACUCAAGUUGACGAUAACCAAUCAGGCAAAAGAUAAUGGUUCUAGUGGGGUGAUGUUACGAGUGAGUGGCAACUCGACCAUAAAGGAUAACAUCAUCGAUGUCUUUGGUGUCAAACAGGUUCCUCGUGUGAUUGUCUUCAACAUGGGUUUCAUCAUCAGCAGCUUGGACGACGACCUCUUCAUUAUCGACCAACACGCCUCCGACGAGAAGUUCAACUUCGAGCGACUCCAGCGGACUGUCACCCUCCAAAGUCAGAAACUCAUCCAACCACUGGCACUGGAGUUGACGGCCUGCAACGAAUGCACCCUGCUCGACAACAUUCACAUCUUUCGGAAGAAUGGUUUCGAGUUCGUCAUCAACCGGGAUGCCUGUCCAUCUGAACGCGUUCAACUGACCAGCUUGCCGACUAGUAAGAACUGGGCGUUUGGUCCACAAGAUGGUGUCAUGUGCAGACCUUCUCGCAUCCGGCAGAUGUUGGCGUCGAGAGCCUGCCGAAGCUCUGUUAUGAUUGGCACCGCUCUCAACCAUUCAGAAAUGAGAAAGCUGGUUGACCACAUGGGAGAGAUAGAUCAGCCCUGGAACUGUCCACACGGGCGACCGACAAUCAGGCAUUUGAUUGACAUGAACAUGUUGAAGAACUGA